UGGCGGCUGGGUUCUCCUGCUUCCACCCGGCUGGUGCGGGUCGUUUUCAAAGCCUAGGGAACGCGCUUUGGCCGGAUUUGAGGAGGGGGGGCGGGGAGGGGCCUGAGGCUUGCGGCCCCGCCCCCUUCUCCGGCUCGCGGGCAGGCAGAUUGGCCCGCCUCCUCCUUCGGCCGGCCCUGGGGCCGUGUCCCCCGGGCAACUCAGCUUCUGAGGCCCGAGCUUCUGCCCGCAGGUGUCUGCGCCGAGGCCCCAGGGCACAGCUUAGUUCGACCCCAUGGUGGGUUUUGGAGCUAACCGGCGGGCCGGCCGCCUGCCCUCCUUCGUGUUGGUGGUGCUGCUGGUGGUGAUCGCGGUGCUCGCCUUCAACUACUGGAGUAUCUCCUCCCGCCACGUCCUGCUUCAGGAGGAGGUGGCGGAGCUGCAGGGCCAGGUCCAGCGCACCGAGGUGGCCCGUGGGCGCCUGGAGAAGCGCAAUUCCGACCUCCUGCUCUUGGUGGAUUCGCACAAGAAACAGAUCGACCAGAAGGAGGCCGACUACGGCCGCCUCAGCAGCCGGCUGCAGGCCAGGGAGGGCCUGGGGAAAAGAUGCGAGGAUGACAAGGUUAAACUACAGAGCAACAUAUCAUAUCAGAUGGCAGAUAUACAUCAUUUAAAGGAGCAACUUGCUGAACUUCGUCAGGAGUUUCUUCGACAAGAAGACCAGCUUCAGGACUACAGGAAGAACACUACUUACCUUGUGAAGAGGUUAGAAUAUGAGAGUUUUCAGUGUGGACAACAGAUCAAGGAGUUAAGAGCACAACAUGAAGAAAAUAUUAAAAAGUUAGCUGACCAGUUUUUGCAGGAACAAAAGCAAGACUUAAACAAGUUUGAAUCAAAAGAUGAAAAUGAUUUGGGUAUAAACAAUCAUGCAGUACCUAAAAACAUUCCCAAAGUAGCUGAGAAUGCUGCAGAUAAGAACGAAGAACCAUCAAGCAAUCAUAUUCCACAUGGGAAAGAACAAAUCAAACGAGGUGGUGAUGCAGGAAUGCCUGGAAUAGAAGAGAAUGACCUUGCAAAAGUUGAAGAUCUUCCUACUGCUCUAAGGAAACCCUCUAUUUCCGUUUCUCAAUAUGAAAGUCAUCAAGCAAUCUCCCAUAUUCCAACUGGACAACCUCUCUCCCCAAAUAUGGCUCCAGAUUCUCAUGGACAUCACAAUGGAAAUGCUGGAACUUCAAAACAGAACCCUUCCAACCCUCUUCAGCGUUUAAUUCCAGGCCCGAACUUGGAGAGUGUACCCAGAAUUCAAGCAGAUAUACUAAAGCAGGCUACCAAGGAUAGAGUUGGUGAUUUCCAUAAGUUGAAGCAAAGCCGAUUCUUUGAUGAGAAUGAAUCCCCUGUUGAUCCGCAGCAUGGCUCUAAACUGGCGGAUUAUAAUGGGGAUGAUGGUAACGUAGGUGAGUACGAGGCAGACAAGCAGGCUGAGCUGGCUUACAAUGAGGAAGAAGAUGGUGAUGGUGGAGAGGAAGACGUCCAAGAUGAUGAAGAACGAGAACUUCAGAUGGAUCCUGCAGACUAUGGAAAGCAACGUUUCAAUGAUGUUCUUUAAGCCCUAAAGGAAAACUUCAGAAAACCUAAAGUGCUGUAAAAUGGAAUCAUUUCUACUUUGUUGUUUUUGACUUUUGUUGUAAAGAUCAGUUGUAAAGAUACAUGAGAUAGAUUUAAGGAAAAACUUUAAUGAAGAAAUGUACCCAUGUACAUAGAUGAACUUUUUCAUAUUGUAUUAUUAAAGCAGAGAUUUUUUUGGUUAUAUUACAGUUGAGCCAAAAACAAAAUAAGCAAAACUGUAAUCUUUGCGUUUAAAAUGAACUAAUAUAUAUUUUACAUUUUAUUGAGCCCAAUUCUUUCCACAAAUGAACAGAUAGGAAAAAUUGGUUGUACAGUUUAUAUGUUGCACAUAGCAUAACCCCAGUGAGAACAGUUACUCAGAUGAAAAACUUUUUAUUCACUAAUAUAUUGUUGCUAGCCCAACAACUGUUCUGUUCUAUCCACCCCUCAUCUCAUGCUCUUCAUGGAGUUAUACCUAGAAUAGUUACAUAAAAGAGGGGUUGGAACCUGAAAGCCAAACACUGGGCAGCAUGUGUGCAAAAUCAUUUCCCUCCCCUACUUCUUUUAUUUUAUAGAGUGCUGAUGUGUUUUGGCAGAUUAGCUUUCAGCUGGUGCUUGAUGGAAGUUGAGGUAACCUGCAAAGACAUAAUAUUUAUGAGUUAUACCUUACUUAAUUCAUGAAAUUGUGAAAUGCAUGAUUGACAAUAUACUUUCAAUUUUUAUUUUUUCUGCAUCAUACUAGUACUGUUUAACUGUCAUUGGCUAAAAUUUUUAUAUUUUCAGAGUCCAAGUUGGUGAAAAUAUUCAUGAUUUAAAUGCCAGAUUCUGAAAGAAGAUAAAUCAACUUUGAAAUGAAUCUGUAAUCAGUA